UGUUUUCGGGAAGGGGACGUUAGUUGUCAGGAAGGGUUCGCUUGAGGAGGUGGAUUCCGUCUCGGCUUGAAGCUCAGAAAAUAUCAACUAAUUUGGUGGAAUUAACCCAAUAUUUCUUUCCCUACGGAUACUGGACAUUUUCCUGCUAAGUUUUGGAGUCGAAAAAACGACAAGCGACACUUGAAACCCGUUCAGCCAGGAGCUCCAACUUGGUUGAAGCGUCUAAUGUACUAAACGAAACGGAAGUAACUUGCCAGCUGCCUGGCUAAGCUUGCUAGUGUCUGAAUGCCAACUCUGUGGGUGAUGGAGUUGAGCAGGCAACUCUGUGGGAAGAUGAGGAGGUCCAGUAGGAAGGCCCAAUUCUCCUCUUCUCCCACUUCCACUCUGGGCCUGGAGAUCCACUUUUACACACCGGAGGUGCACCUGCUAGAGUACCUCAGUGGCUGCUACACUGCUGAGGAGAUCUGUGUCGCUGCUGCCAAGAAAUGCUCAAUCUCUCCCUUGUGCCAUAACCUAUUUGCCCUGUACAAUGAGGCAACUGGCACGUGGUACCCGCCCAACUACGAGUUCAAAGUCACAGAUGAAACCAAUCUCAAAUUGUGCUAUCGCAUGAGGUUUUAUUUCAAAAACUGGCAUGGCACCACUGAGGGAGAGUCUCCAGUUUGGAGACACUGCAUCAGUAAACUCAGAGGAGGACCUAGCCCACAGAAAACACCAGAAGGGACACCCCUACUGGAUGCUGCCUCUCUCAACUACCUGUUUUCCCAGGGCCAGCAUGACUUUCAGAAAGGUGUGGUUCCACUGAGGAUAUCCCAGUCGGAGGCAGAGCAACACGAGAUAGAAAAUGAGUGUUUGGGCAUGGCUGUGCUUGCUAUCACUCACUAUGACAUGAACAAGGAUAUGGGUACUUCCAAUGAAAACAGCUACAAACGCUUCAUCCCAGAGUCACUGAACCGAAACAUCAAGCAGCGCAACUUUCUGACACGCAUCCGCAUCAGCAACGUCUUUAAGAAAUUCCUCAAUGAGUUCAAUCGCCGCACAGUCAAGGACAGCAACAUCACGCCAUAUGACCUGAAGAUCAAGUACCUGGCCACACUGGAGGGCCUGACCAGCGGAUUGGGCAGCGAGCUGUUUGAGCCCAUCUCGCUCAGCGUAGUGCAGGAAGGAGAGGUCUGCAAUGGAGGUUACUAUGGGUAUUACAACCAGAGCCAAGGGCAGAGCCAGAGUCAGAACACAGAGACAAGCAAUGACAUGCAUGUCCUGAUUACCGGUACCACUGGCAUUUCCUGGAGAAAGAAGCCUUCUACAACUGCCAUGAUCUCUAAAGAAAAGAGCAAGUCAAAGAAGAACAAGCAGGAUGGAAAACAGAAAAACGACAGAAAGAAAGAGGCAGACGAAGGCUGGCAGGUGUUCUGUGACUUCCAUGAGAUCACCCACACUGUCAUCAAAGAGGCAACGGUCACCAUCUAUAGACAGGACAACAAGAGGAUGGAGUUGCAAAUGGCUUGUAGGGCUGAGGCUUUGUCCUUUGCAGCCCUUGUGGAUGGGUACUUCAGGCUGACAGUGGAUGCCCACCACUUCCUGUGCAAGGAGGUGGCCCCUGCUUCAGUGGUGCACAACAUCAACAACGGCUGCCACGGACCCAUCUGUACGGAGUAUGCCAUCCACAAGCUGCGUCAGGAGGGCAACGAGGAGGGCACCUACAUCCUGCGCUGGAGCUGCACUGACUACCAGUACAUCAUCAUCACUGUGGUCUGCAAUGAGAUCGACCUGAGGGAGUCUCGUCCUAUACGUCAGUAUAAGAAUUUCCAGAUCGAAGUGUCCAACGAUGGAUACCGCCUGUACGGCACGGAGACAUUUCGUAACACUCUCGGGGAGCUGUUGGAGCACCUGGAGGGCCAAAGUCUUCGCACCGACAACCUCCACUUCCAGCUUCUGCACUGCUGCCCCCCACAGCCUCGAGAGGUAUCUAACCUACUGGUGGUCACUAAAGAGAGAGCACCGGCCCCUCAGACACCAAUGCAGGAGAGUCAGCUCAGCUUCCAUCGCAUUCUGAAGGAGGAGAUUGAACAGGAGGAGCACCUUGGCCUGGGCACAAGAACCAACAUCUACUCAGGCACACUGAGGGUAAAGAGUGAGGAGGAUGAGGAUGCAGGUUACUCAUCCUUCCAGGAGGUAAAGGUGGUCCUGAAGGUGCUGGGUUCUGGACACAGGGACAUCUCCUUGGCCUUCUUCGAAACUGCCAGUAUGAUGCGACAAGUCUCUCACAAACACAUAGUGCUGCUGUAUGGAGUGUGUGUCCGCCACCAGGAGAAUAUUAUGGUUGAGGAGUUUGUCCAGCUAGGACCAUUGGAUUUGUUCAUGAGGAGACAGCAGAGCCCACUCAGCACACCAUGGAAGUUCCAGGUGGCCAAGCAGCUGGCUGCAGCCCUCAGCUACUUGGAGGACAAAAAGCUCGUCCAUGGCUUUGUGUGUGCUAAAAACAUCCUGCUGGCCAGAGACGGACUGGGCACCGACGAAGGAGGGCCUUUCAUCAAGCUCAGCGACCCAGGAAUACCAAUCACAGUACUCACCAGAGAGGAGUGUGUGCAUCGUAUCCCAUGGAUCGCUCCAGAGUGUGUGAAGAGCACAUCUUCCCUGAGCGUCGCGUCUGAUAAGUGGGGCUUUGGUACCACCCUGUGGGAGAUCUGCUAUGAUGGAGAGGUCCCCCUGAAAGACAAGAAACUCACAGAGAAGGAGAGGUUCUAUGAAACCGAGUCCGCACUGGCCACGCCAGACUGCAAAGAGCUGGCUGAACUGAUGACCCACUGCAUGAACUACGACCCAAAGAAGAGACCUUUCUUCAGGGCUAUCGUCAGAGACAUAGACAUGUUGGAGGAAAAGAACCCAUCUAUCAAACCCAAACCUACACCAGAGGUAGACCCCACUGUGUUUGAAAAGAGAUUCCUGAAGAAGAUCAGAGAGCUGGGAGAGGGCCACUUUGGUAAGGUGGAGCUUUGUCUUUAUGAUCCUCGGGGAGAUAGAACGGGUGAACAGGUGGCAGUGAAAUCGCUAAAGCCUGAGAACCGGGAGGAGCAGAGCACCAACCUCGCACGUGAGAUCGACAUCCUGAAGGCACUCUACCAUGAAAACAUUGUGAAAUACAAGGGCAUAUGCCAAGAGGAAGGUGGACAGGCCAUCAAGCUGAUCAUGGAGUACGUUUCACUGGGCAGUUUGAAGGAUUAUCUACCCAGGCACAAAAAAGACACCAGCCUCAGCACCCUGCUCAGCUACUCUACCCAGAUAUGCAAGGGGAUGGACUAUCUUGGAUCUCAAAAUUACAUCCACCGUGACCUGGCUGCCCGAAAUGUUCUGGUGGAGAACGAGAGGACGGUGAAGAUCGGAGAUUUUGGCCUCACCAAGAGCAUCAAGGACAACGAGGGAUACUACACGGUUAAAGACGAGAACGACAGCCCUGUUUUCUGGUAUGCUCCAGAGUGUCUGACUCACUGUAAGUUCUACCUUGCUUCAGACGUUUGGUCCUUCGGAGUCACGAUGUAUGAACUCAUCACCUAUUGCGACUCCUCCAAGAGCCCGAUGACGCUCUUCCUCAGCAUGAUUGGUCGAAGUCACGGUCAGAUGACGGUCAUCCGAUUGGUGAAGGUGCUGACAGAAGGGAGGAGGUUGCCACGUCCUGAAGGCUGUCCUGAGCCCGUGUACGAGCUGAUGCGCAAAUGCUGGGAGCAACUGCCCGAGAGGAGAAUCACCUUCAAGCGGCUGAUCGAGGAGCUGACCAACAUGCAGCAACAGCUCCAGCCGCAAAACGAUCUUUAAACCUUUAAAGGUCUUUGACGAUUUGGGAGUGAAGUUGACUUUGCUUGCAGACUUGGGACCAGACGCAGAACAGCAAAACUGACCCCAGAUCAGCAUCUGCUUUGUGCAGCUUUACAGUACUGAGAGACAGUCGUGAAGGAGCGUCACACAAAGCCAUGCUCCUUCUUAAUCAAAUAAACCUUCCUUAACUUUGGCAUAAAGAACUUUUACUCCUAAUCAACUAUAAAUGUAGUCUGCCAUAUUUUUAACAUUGUUACUUGAUGCUCACAAUAUUUGUUAUAUUAUUCUGAUACUUCCUUAUUUUAGUUGAAUGAAACAAGCAAACCCCAUCAGAUCGUGUAGCCUUAGCCCUCGCUUAAUGUGACCUUUAUAUCUUCAAAAAAGGACUUCAAAAAGUAUCUAACAGUUCUAGCUGUGUGCAUUGCGAGGAAUGUCAAACUUGUGGACUCGUCGCUCUCAUAAUGUGCUGCAAAGGCCUUAUAAUUUUGUUGACUUAUGGCUGAUGUUGCUCUCACUGAUGAUGGAAGCUUGAGAGAUGGAAACUGAGCACGGACAGGAAUGGUUUUAACGGUCGCGUUUCACACAGUCAAAUGGCUGCGUGGUGAUCUACUUUGUGACGGACACCGAAUGGAUCACUGAUCAUGUCGAGAAGUGCUCGGAUAAGAUAAAGAAGAUGGAACACGGGCAUUAACACAGAAACUGAAGAGGUUGCUUUUCAGCAUUUUGUGCCACUGCCGUUUGUUCCAUGGAGUCUUCUGUUGGAGAAAAUCAAAUGUUUUGUUUUGUUUGUUUUUUUAAAGAGAGAGCCAUGAAAUGAUCUGUUGUUUUCUGUUCAUGUGCAGAAGCCAGAAAUCAUCCAGCAAUGUUCCUCUCACUGUGUUGUCAUAGUUUUAGAGAAAUUGUUUAAUUUGUUUGGUUUUAGCUUCUUAAUUGUGAAAAUUUCGAAACAAGAAAUUGGAAGGCAUCUUUUUGCUUCAAGGAAACCUUCUCACAAUUCUACGGACUUUUUUGUAGACCAACCGAGAAAAGAAUGCACAGAUGAAACCAUAACGAGAACUGCAUUCUUUAAAUAUGUGAUAAAUACAUAACAGACACCAAUUCGAAUACUUGCUCUGUGAGGGAGCUGUUUGAGCUGCAUCUGCACAUGAACAGAAAAUCUUACAUUUAUUUUAUUUUUUUAACUGAUUUUGUUUCUUGUCUUCAUGCUCUUCAAAUCACUUCUUUUGCAGGAUGCCUGAUCUUAAGAUUUGUAAGGUCCUCUGUUUGUUUAAGGUGGUUCUGUUAGUAAUCUGAUUGAGUUCACUUUUGUUAAAUCAUGUACUGGAUCUUUUAAUGAGGACCUGUAUGCAUCUAUAUAGUCCUUGAAUAUACAUCACUUUUGUUAAUUGUUGAGUUAGCGAUGUAAUACAUGUGAUAGACACUUGAGGGCAGUAUCACUUCACUUUUUCUCUCUGGUUUGUAGAGUUUCACUUCAAUUCUAAAACCACCAUAAGAAAUGUCUAUAUACCCUAUAUGAUAUUGCAAAAAAAGAGCCAAUUGCCAUUAUUGCAGAUUGUAUAUUGGAAGGACUUGGAUCGAUACACAUGGUUUGAAGUGAGAAAGUAUAAUCAGUUACUGAUUGACAUGGCAUUUUUAUGUUUUCUGUUUUGAAAAAAUAUUAUUUCUUUCAGUGACAUGAAACAUUCAUAUUAUGUAUGUGCAUUUUAUUUGUAUCAUUUCUUUUUAAUCCUCCAAUAUUGUCCUAAAAUUUUUAAAAGUGUAUUUUAUCUGCAUGUAUGUGAAAGGGUUUGAGCAGAGGGUUUUUUCUGUUUUUAAAUCCAUCAGUCGAUGUGAGCUGUGUAAAAUCUCGCUCAGUCAGAUAUUGUCAUGAGUUCAGAAAUGGUCAGUUCUACUUAAUGCAACUGUAUGGCUUUAACUGUGAAUGUCGGCAGGAAGGCAAAAACAAAAAAAAGGACUGUCAAGAAGACAAAGUUGCGCUUCAGUCCACAUUUUAUUUAGGAAUGUAAAAGACAAUUCCUUCUGCUCAAAAUAAGAGAAAAGAAAUAUAUAUAUAUAUAUUUUUCAAAAAAUAAGACAGAAAGUAUGACUUAUGGAAGGUAAAAGUAUCCAUAAAUACACAAUGAAAAAAUAAAUAAAAUCAACGUCUGUUGUGUUC